AUGCUGGACACCAGUGACGUCUAUGGCCCCUUCACUAACGAGGAACUCAUCGGCAGGGCCAUUGCAGGCAUUCCAAGGCAGAAGGUCAUCAUUGCUACCAAGUUUGGGUUAGUUUUGGAUGCGUCCUAUAACAUGAGCGUCGAUGGCAGCCGGAAGCAUGUCAGGGAGGCAUGUGAAGCAUCCCUCAAGCGACUCGGGGUCAAUUACAUUGACCUGUACUACCUGCACCGCAAGGACCCGGCAACGCCCAUCGAGGAAACCAUGGCAGAGUUAAAGCUACUGGUGGAGGAGGGAAAGAUCCGCCACAUCGGCGUGAGCGAGCUUACUGCCAGCGAUCUUCGCAAGGCGCAUGCCAUUCAUCCCCUCACGGCCCUCCAACUGGAAUGGAGCCUUUUCACCCGGGACGCAGAGGAUGAAAUCAUCCCUCUCUGCCGCGAGCUGGGCAUCGGCAUCGUUGCAUACUCCCCCUUGGGCCGCGGCGUGUUGUCGGGGCAGAUCAAGAGCAUCGACGACCUGGGCGAAGAUGACUGGCGGCGAACGCAGCCUCGCUUCCAGGCUGGGGCCUUUGAGAAGAACCUGGAACUGGUCAAGCAGGUUCAUGAUCGUGCAGUUGCCAAGGGCCUCACGCCGGGCCAGCUUGCGCUCGCCUGGCUGCUGGCCCAGGGGGAGGAUGUGGUGCCCAUCCCGGGGACAAAGCGGCUACAGUAUCUUGAGGAGAACCUGGCUGCCAACGAGGUCCGGCUGAGCCCCCAGGAGCUGAAGGAGCUCACUAAGCUGGCGGAUGCCGCGCAGGUCGUGGGGGAGAGGUACGACCCGGUCCUCAUGCAGGUACGCGGCGACGGCAGCAAGCCAGUGGGUUGGGAAAUGAUUUUAAUGGUUGGGGAGGGCUCGAGACGUGGUGACUCCACAGAAUCAACGGAGUGA